AUGCCGGCCGACUCCCAACGGUCCUGCAGCGCCAAAUUGUUGGUCGUCGUGAUUGCUCUCUUAGCAUGCGCCUGUGGGCUCUCGGGGGCGGACACCACCAUCGCCAAUGUUGCUCCCUCGUACAGUCUUCACGGGCCCGAUCAAGCUCACGGACACACCAAGCGGCAGCUACGGUGCCACUCGCUGCUAGCAGUGGAUGAAGAUGCUGAAGAGAGGGGAAUCGCCAACAACCCCAGCGUUGCAAAAGUUCUCUAUAAGCUGACGCCGAACAAGCAAAAGGCUGCUGAGAAACUGUUUAAACGGCUCAAACUCGGCAAAAACACGCCCAGCAUUUUCACGAAUGCCAAGUUUCUGAAGUGGGAGAAAACUGUGGCCAAGUCUUUCAAGACGAACCCCGAAGCGGCAGACAUCGUCAUCUUGUCGCCCCUCCAUUCCGAGGAAAGUAAGUCCUCCACUGUUGCCACAGUAUGA